GAUCUAAUACUUGUUCUCCCCCUGCAGAAAUCCUGAAGGAGCUAGAUGAGUAUUAUGAGAAGUUCAAGCGCGAGACGGAUGGCGUCCAGAAGAGGAGAGUGUUGCACUGCAUCCAGAGAGCCCUGAUCCGGAGCCAGGAGCUGGGCGACGAGAAGAUCCAGAUCGUGAGUCAGAUGGUGGAGCUGGUGGAGAACCGGGCCAGGCAGGUGGACAGUCACGUGGAGCUCUUUGAGGCGCACCAAGAGGUCAGUGACAGCACUGGCCACGGAGGCAAAGCUGGCCAGGAUAAGUCCAAGAAUGAGACAGUCCCGCAGGCGGAAAAGCCCAAUAACAAGAGGUCUCGGCGACAGCGCAACAAUGAGAACCGAGAGAACGCGGCAAAUAACCAUGACCACGAUGACAUCACGUCAGGAACGCCGAAGGAGAAGAGGGCCAAGGCCUCCAAGAAGAAGAAACGCUCCAAGGCCAAAGCCGAGAGGGAAGCGUCCCCCGCAGACCUCCCCAUCGACCCCAACGAGCCGACGUACUGUCUGUGCAAUCAGGUCUCCUAUGGAGAGAUGAUAGGCUGCGACAACGACGAGUGCCCCAUCGAGUGGUUCCACUUCUCCUGCGUCGGACUGAACCAUAAACCAAAGGGCAAGUGGUACUGUCCCAAAUGUCGAGGGGAGAGCGAGAAGACCAUGGACAAGGCGCUGGAGAAAUCCAAAAAGGAGAGGGCUUACAACAGGUAGUCGGCGGACCUGCCGGGCCGGGAGGAGGCGGUGAUCGGGCCGUGUAUUUAUUACCUCCCCACCUUGGGGGAGGCGCCAGGACUGCACAGUGUAUAUUUUUAAAGAAUGUUAGCAAAGGAGCCAUUCCCUUUGUUGAGUGGCGCUGAUUGUCUGCCUUGUUUUGUUGUCGUUGGUACACAUGUGUAAUGAGAAGGUGGUCUGUGGAUCAACAUUUUAGAAACUACAAAUACAGGUUUGAAUUGAACACCCCGGCAGAGUCUUGGACUGAUGGGUCUGAGUUGGUUUGGGUUUUGGCGCAGGGCCGGGGGUGUUUUUGUGUGGGGGGCGGGUGGUGACGUGGAAGCAAUCUAACACAUUAAAUGUGGGGAAAAAAAAAUAUUUCACUUAGCUAUUUUAUUUUAAUGAAAAUGUUAACUUCAUGAACAAAUUUUUAAAAAAUUAGCCAAGUUGCUAAAAAUAUAUAUAGCCCAUAGCAAACUUAUUUCUUACUAUAAUGUAUAUCCAUAUGACAAUAAAAAGGUUUUAAGUUUGAAGAUUAUUUUUUAAAAAUGUAAGUGGUUGAAUUUUACAUGAUAAACAUUUUACAUAUGGUCCAUUUCCCAAAAGGCCAAUUGUAGAUUAUCUGGUACAUUUUUUAUUAAACCAAAUAGAAGCGGUCUGCUUGUGGGGCUUCAAAUCAUGCUCUUGCCAUCACAAACCCCAGGGGAGCCGCAGUCAGCUCACAAGGUGUGUGAAUGUACCUCUGCGAGCGGAGAGCGGACUCGGGACUCGCCGUCUCAUGAUCAAAAGGGCGGCCCGAGGCUGUUGGGAAGCUGAGUUGUGUUUCCUGCUGUGCGCAUGCAGGGCGUGGCUGUGACAUCAAGAAAUAAAUGAAACUCGGCGGUUUGUACCUCUAGCAAUAUAUUUAAUUUUGACAAGUGAUCUUUAAAUUUUUGUCUUAACAACUUGUACACCAGCAGUUCAGACAAAGCCUUAAGCAAAUUCUCUAUUACUGUUCUCAUUUUAAGAUGAAGUAGAAGUUACCUAGUUGCCGGCAAGUAAGUAUCAAAACAGAACAUACAUAUAUAUAUAUUUGACUAAGGGUUGGGAAAUUACUGGCCCACAGGCCAAAUCAGCCCCCCUCCUGUUUGUAUUGCCUGUGAGCCAAGAAUGAUCUUUACAUGGUCUUUUAAAAAUGCAAAAUCCUAUUUUGUGACAUGAAAAUUACAUGAAAUUCAAAGUUUAGUGUUCAUGAAUAAAGCUUUAUUGGCACACAGCCACGCCUAUUUGCUUAUGCAUGUGUGGCUGUUCAAUACAAUGGCAGGGUUCAGGGGCUGUCGCAGAGACGGUGUGACCACAAAGCUGAAACGACUUUCUGGCCCCAUGCAGAGGUUUGCCGGCCUGACUUGGGCCCCUUGAGUGUGCCCAUCUGUGUCCUGAACCGCCCGCUUACUGAAAGGAUCAACAGAAUUUUCAUUUCCGAGGGAUACUAUGGUUCACCUAAGUGAUCUGUAUGAUGCGGUUUAACCAUGGAGUAGAAUUUAUCUCCAUAGUCUGUUUUACAGCCUCCAAAGCUACCACAAGGAAGAAUUGAGUAACCACUAUAGCCCCUAAGGAACUGUAUGACAUAUAUUUGUUGUAAGUAAAACGCCUAGUUUUCUGAUUUUUUCAUUUGAUAAUGGAAAAUUUCAUUUGUACCAGACAUAAUGAGCUCCUGUUUUACAGUAAAUUUCCAUUGUAAAGAGAGUUAUUUGGUGGAGAAAUACAGAUUGUAGUUGGUCUUAUAUUAAAAUGAGAACCGUGCAUACGAUACCUACAAAUAGGAAUUUACUAUCCACCAAAAUUCUUAAGACAUUUAAGAAUCUUGGGUGUUUAAAUUUGGUAAGACCUAGGUGAACAAUAAACUAAAUUAAUUCAUUAAAAUACUUGAUAACAGUCUGGUGGCAAUAGAUGUAAUUUAAAAGAAUCUGAUUAUAUAAAACUAUUUGAUGGUUUUCACUUCUAUUUCAGUUAGAGUGAAAAAUGAAAAUUAAGUUAUAGGGGUGAAGAUUUGCAAAAACACAGUUGCUAGUACCAGAUUUCUUCCUGCUCAUUCAGUUAGGGUGUAGGUGGCUGUAGAAGGGAGAAGACAAGAGGGCCCAGGCCUCCCCAGAUCUGAACCCAUCUUUAUCCCUCUGGGGUUUAGUCUUGUAAAUGGCUUAACUCUUAACCCAUGGUUUUUCACUCUUAUAUAUGGGGGUGGUUCUGAGAAAUACAUGAGGUUAAGUGAAUAAGAGACUGGCACAUAGUUCAUCAAAUGCUGGGUAUUUUUCCUCCACCUUUAAUGAGGUUUCCCAUAAGGGUAGGUGGGUAGACAGUCUUCUUAGAAGGUGAGGAAUGUUAGAGAGGUAGAUGUUGGGUUUGGCAAUUACUUUUAUUCCAGUGGACAGUUAAAAAUCGCAGACGAGGACUUAGAACAUCAAGAUUUUAGGCUUUAGAUCAUGAGUAGAUAACAGAAAAAUCAAGUAACUCCGGGGGAUGCUGAAAAUGGGCUUCUUUUUGAAAAAUUGCUUGUAUUUUUGUUUUUUAUUUAAAAAUUCAUUUGAGGCUAAUUGACAUGUAACAGUUUCAUGUGUACAACAUGUUUCAGUAUUUGUGUAUGUUGUUGAAAUGAUCACAAUAAGUCUAGUUAACAUCUGUCAUCUCACAUAGUUAAAAAAAAUUGCAUUUUCUUCUGAUGAGGAUUCUGAAGAUUGAGCAACUAUCAAAUACACAGUACAGUAUCAUUAACUGUAGUCACCGUGCUAUACUUUACAUCACAGGACUGACUUACAACUGGAGAUUUGUGUCUUUUGACCCAUUUUGCCCAUCCCUGCCCACCUCCUGUGGCAACCACCAGUGUUGCUUGUAUUUAAUAACCAGGUUAUUACAGUUUGAAUAAAGGGUCUGAAAUGUU